AUGGCUUCCAAGUCUCCGAUUCCCCAGAAUGACAAUGUCGCACAUGCCCUGGCCGGGGCUGGCGGUGGCAUUUUGUCCAUGAUUUUGACCUACCCUCUCAUCACCCUCUCCACCAGAGCCCAAGUCGAAUCCAAAAAGGCCGAGAGCAAGUUCGUCGAAGCCAUCCAGAAAAUCAUCGCGCGCGAGGGCGUCUCGGGCCUCUACUCGGGCAUCAACUCGGCGCUGUUUGGCAUCAGCGUCACCAACUUCAUCUACUACUACUGGUACGAAUGGACCAGGGCCUUCUUCGAAAAGGCCGCCACCCGCUCCGGCCGCGCCAGCAAGAAGCUCACCACCAUCGAGUCCAUGAUCGCCGGCGCCAUUGCCGGCUCCGCGACCGUCAUCAUCACCAACCCCAUCUGGGUCGUCAACACGCGCAUCACAACGCGCCGACAGGACCCGGAUCUCGAGGCCGGCGCCGGCGCCAAGGCGGUCAAGCCUCCCACCACUCUGGGGACCCUCAUGGCCCUCUUGAAGAACGAGGGACCCAAGGCCUUGUUCGCCGGCGUCAUCCCAGCCCUGGUGCUGGUCAUCAACCCCAUUCUCCAAUACACGCUCUUUGAGCAGAUGAAGAAUACCGUGGAGAAGAAGAGAAAGAUCACUCCCACCAUGGCGUUUGUGCUGGGGGCCUUGGGCAAGCUUUUCGCCACUUCGGUGACAUAUCCUUACAUCACUGUUAAGAGCCAGAUGCACGUCGCUGCCCAUAGCGAGAAGAAGGAGAACAUGUCUCAGGCUUUGAGCCGUGUCGUCAAGGACGAAGGUUAUUCUGGCCUGUACAAGGGUAUUGGCCCCAAGGUUACUCAGAGCGUCCUAACGGCGGCCUUCCUCUUCGCCUUCAAGGAUGUUCUCUACGAGCAGAUGGUGAGGCUCAGGAUGGGCCGCAAGAAGGCGUAA